UCAUGGUGCAGCAUUCCUCUGCUCUAAAUACAGGAAACAUUUGGGUUCAGGAGAAAAAUUGUUCUGCUGCAGAAGUCUUUCACUUUAAUUCUUCCUAAUAACCCUGCAGAAGCUGUCAGGCUUCAAAAGCUGCAGAGGAGGAACACGCACAACUUCAGCUAAACGUCUACCUGCUACUGGCACCAAGACAAACACCAAGAAGAUGUUUGCAGCUAAAACCAGUGCAGUUCUUAAAAGUGUCGGAGCUGAGGGGGAUCUGAUUUCCAACUCCAAUUUAAGUCAGAAAGUUGAUCUUCUGACUCUGGUCCGAGUCAGCGAGGGAAAGUUCUUCCAGUACCCCAAGUACACAAUGAUGCAGUGCACCUUACCUGAGCUCAUGGAGGAACAGGAGGAGUUUUCUCCAGAGGUCGAGGAAGAACUUUUAGUGGAGCACUUCAAGACUUCUUCAGAGACCCAUGGGACUGCUGAACUGAAGGGGAGCCACGAAGUUGUUGGUGAAGCUGCAAUCUCUGCAAAAUGUGAUUCUGUGGAUGGUCUGUUUAAGUCAGUCAACAUCAUGAAGAAGAAAGCCAACCUUAAAGCUGUGAGGAAGACUUUCAGCGGCAGGAAGCUUAAAAAUGAAAGUAUAAAGCUGCUGAAACUGAAGGAAAAAGACAAGCUGGCGUUUGUUCAUCAGACGGUUUAUAACACAGAACCUGUGCAAAUGAUCAAAACGUCUGAUCAGGGAGGAUCCAUCUCAGCGUCAUAUCAGAAGAUCAUGAAUCUGCUCUUCAAGGUCAGCAGGAAGGAGGAGACGACCUUCACUAUCCCAGAAAAAGCCACCUUUGCUUUUGGACUUCAGGAGAUCAUGUUUGAGAAGGAGAAGAUGGAAAUACCGUUUGAAUCCUGGACUUACAAGAAGAAUUCAGGUCUGUUCUCCCAUGACAGCAUUGACUCAGAUCUCAUGCAGCAAGUCAGAGAAGGGAUCAAGAUGAAGGAGUUUCUCCUGAAGCCGCUUACAGUUCUUCCUGAGUCGACUCGCCAGGAUCUGCUAAAGAAGCUCCAAGAGGUUCUGGAGGAAGGAGAUGCUCUCAGUCUGCUGGAGGAAACCCUGGAUCAGUGCAGCAAAGGAGAGUAUGAGCGUCCUCAGUCCAAGGUCGUCUCAUCCUUCAUGGACCUCCUGGAUGAGUCCAAAGUGUCCACAAAGGUGAAGGAUGCGGUUCAUCUUCUGGUCAGUGCCAUGGAUGCUCUGCCAGAGGUGAAACUGCAACCUUUGACCUCCUGCUGUCCUGAAACUCUGACAGUCCUCAGCCAGCUGGUGGACAGCCUGAAGGACAAAGGUGAAGCCUGUCUCCCAGAGUCUCCACCUGCCCCAUUGCAGCAGGACGGGGAGCUGCGCUGGGCAGCUGAGCUCCUCUGUUCCUGCGAUGAGACGCUGACAGAGCUGAGCAACAGCUGGGACCGACCACCUGAGGUUCUGCUGGAGGUUCUGGCUCUGACCGUGCUGGGAGUCCACAUGCUGCAGCCCAGAGUGUAA